AGCUCCACCUCCUCUACACUCCCUCUUCCUGACAGAGAAAGUGAAACUCGCACUGUCACUGCAUUCUGCAUUCACUUCACUCAGAAACACCAAUCAGAAGCUUUUAAACACGGACUGGAUGGUUCUGAUUCUGGAUGUGUGGUUCUGAAAGGAUCUAGAACUCAGUGGGAUAAAGAGCUACAGCAGCUGAUUCUCUCCUGUGCUGGUCUGAUCAUUCCAGACGUCCUGAAAAAGAAAGAGAAGUUUGGACUGAAGGAGCGUUACAGAGGAACAGCACAGCAGCAGUUGGAGGAAAUGGCGGCUAAAUACCCUCUUUCAGAAGAAGAGCUUUCAUGUCCUGUGUGCUGUGAGAUCUUCAGGGAUCCGGUGGUUCUGUCGUGUUCCCACAGUUUGUGUAGAACCUGUCUGCAGCAGUUCUGGAAGACUAAGGGCUCUCAAGAAUGUCCAAUUUGUAGAAGAAGAUCCUCUAAAGAAUUUCCUCCUGUUAGUCUUACAAUAAAGAACCUGUGUGAAGCUUUUCUGGAGAGCAGGAGUCAGAGAUCUUCAGCAGGGUCUGAGGGGAUCUGCAGUCUGCACAAUGAGAAACUCAAGCUCUUCUGUUUGGAUGAUCAGCAGCCUGUGUGUGUGGUCUGUCAUCUAUCAAAAGAACAUACAACUCACAAAUGCUGUCCAAUAGAUGAAGCUGUGACUGACUGUAAGACUAAACUCCAGACUGCUUUGGAGCCUCUACAGAAGAACCUGAAAGUCUUAGAGGAAGCUAAACGAGACUAUGACCAAACAGCAGCCCACAUUAAGACGCAGACCCAGCACACAGAGAGACAGAUAAAGCAGGAGUUUGAGAAGCUUCACCAGUUUCUAAGAGAUGAAGAAGCAGUGAGGAUAGCUGCACUGAAGGAGGAAGAGGAGCAGAAGAGUCAGAUGAUGAGGAGGAAGAUUGAGGAGAUGAAUGAAGAAAUAUCAUCUAUUUCAAACACAAUCAGAAACAUAGAGAAGGAGAUGAAAGCUGAGGACAUUCAGUUCUUACAGAACUUCAAGUCUACAGAGAAACAAGUUCAGCGCUCACCAAAGCAUCCAGAGAAAACAUCAGGAGCUCUGAUCAAUGUAGCCAAACACCUUUCCAACCUGAAGUUCAGAGUGUGGGAGAAGAUGCAGGAGAUUAUCCAGUACACUCCUGUUACUCUGGACCCCAACACUGCCCACCCACACCUCCACCUGUCUGAUGAUCUCACUGCUGUAGAAAAGAGAGACCAGAAAUCAUCAGUUUCUGAUAAUCCAGAGAGAUUUGAUGAGUGCUGGUAUGUUCUGGGUUCUGAGGGUUUUAACUCAGGGACACACUGCUGGGACGUCCAGGUUGGAGAAUGUGAUUACUGGAGACUGGGUUUAAUACCAGAAUCUGUAAUAAGAAAGGGAUACUCCUUCUGGAAUUCAGUGUGGUGUCUGUGUUACGAUAAAACAACUGAAAAAUACAGGAUAUUCUGCCCAGGACAGUUGGGUAUCUCCCUCACCCCUAAAGAGAAGCUGCAGAGGGUCAGAGUGCAGCUGGACUGGGACAGGGGGAAACUGACCUUCACUGAUCUUCUAACCAACACACACCUGCACACUAUAACACACACUUUCACUGAGAGACUUUUACCUCUUUUCAGUAAUGGGUCUGAUUAUCCUUUGAGGAUUUUACCAGUGAAGACGUCAGUAACAGUGGAACAGCACAGUUAAAGUUAACUCUGCUCACAAUCAACAUUUAUACAGGUAGUGAGUUUAUGAACUAUGAUCAUAAGAAUAUCAUUACAUGUAUACAGUGGCUUGCAAAAGUAUUCAUACCCCUUGAACCUUUCCAUAUUUUGUCACAUUACAACCACAAACAUAAAUAUAUUUCAUUGUAAUUUAAUGUGAAAGACCAACAAAAAGUGGCGCACAAUUGUGAAGUGGAAAGAAAAUGAUACAUGACUCAAAACAUGUUUUACAAAUAAAAAAACUGACAUGUGCGUUGUGCAAAAGUAUUCAGCCCCCCUGAGUCAAACUCUUAGGAUAUGUCUCCAGCAGCUUUGCACAUCCAGUGACUGAAAUUUUUGCCCAUUCUUCUUUGCAAAACAGCUCGAGCUCAGUCAGAUUAGAUGGAGAGCGUUUGUGAACAGCAGUUUUCAGAUCUUGCCAUUGGGUUUCAGUUCUUGGUUUAGGUCUGAACUUUGAGUUUUUCUAAAAAUUAAUAUGUUUUGUUUUAAAUCAUUCCAUUGUAGCCGUGGCUUUAUGUUUAGGGUCAUUGUCGUGCUGGAAGGUGAAGCUCCACCCCAGUCUCAAGUCUUUUACAGAGUCCAACAGGUUUUCUUCAAGAUUGCCCUCCAUCCAUCUUCCCAUCAACUCUGACCCACUUCCCUGUCCCUGCUGAAGAGAAGCAGCCCCAGAGCAUGAUGCUGCCACCACCAUGUUUCACAGUGGGGAUGGUGUGUUCAGCGUGAUGUGCAGUGUUAGUUCUCCGCCACACAUAGCGUUUUGCAUUUUGGCCAAAAAUUUUAAUUUUGGACUCAUCUGACCCAAGCAUCUUGUUCCACAUGUUAGUUGUGUCUGUGGCUUCUGGCAAAGUGUAAACGGGACUUUCUUUUAACAAUGGCUUUCUUCUUGCCACUCUUCCAUAAAGACCACUUUGUGCACAGUGCACGACUAAUAGUUGUCCUGUGGACAGAUUCCACUACCAGAGCUGUGGAUCUCUGCAUUUCGUCCAGAGUUAACAUGAGCCUCUUAGCUGCAUCUCUGAUCUGUCAGUUUAGGUGGACGGCUUUGUCUUGGUAGGUUUACAGUUGGACCAUAAUCUUUUUAUUUCCGGAUAAUAGAUUGAACAGUGCUCUGUGAGAUGUUCAAAGCUUGGGAAAUCUUUUAUAGCCUAAAUCUGCUUCAAACUUCUCCACAACCUUAUUCCUGACCUGUCUGGUGUGUUCUUUGUACUUCAUGGUGCUGUUUACUCCCCAAUAUUCUCUUAACCAACCUCUGAGGCUGUCACUGAGCAGCUGUAUUUGUACUGAGAUUAGAUUACACACAGGUGGAUUUUUUUUAGUAAUCAGCAGUCAUCAGGAAACUUCUAAAUUCAUCUGGUUGCGCUCAGAGAAAAGGGGGCUGAAUAUUUUUGCACACCACACUUUUCAUUUUGUAUUUGUAAAAAAUGUUUUAAAUCAUGCAUAAUUUUCUUUCUACUUCACAAUUAUAUACCUUUUUGUGUUGGUCUUUCACAAUACAUUACAA